CUUCUUCUGCGCUGCAGGUGGCUUCAGUGAGGAAGAACUUCUGAAAAUAUGGAAGGGGCUGUUCUAUUGCAUGUGGAUGCAGGAUAAACCUCUGCUGCAGGAGGAACUAGCAAAUAACAUCUCACAGCUUAUCCAUGUUAUUCAGAACUCAGAGGCUCAACACCUGUUCGUUCAGACUUUCUGGCAGACGAUGAACCGUGAAUGGGAUGGGCUAGACGGUCUGCGCCUUGAUAAGUACUAUAUGCUGAUCCGUAUGAUUUUGAGGCAAUCCUUCGAAGUGCUGAGAAGAAAUGACUGGGAGGAAAGUCUGACUGAAUCAUUCUUGCAACUGUUAAUGAAAGAAGUUAUGGACCCAGACAGCAAUGCUCCCAUUGGAAUAAAGUUCCAUUUCAUUGAUAUUUACCUGGACGAAUUGGCUAAAGUUGGUGCAAAGGAGCUCACAGCUGACCAGAAUCUAAAGUUCAUUGAACCUUUCUGCAAAAUCGCUGCCAAAUCAAAGGAUCACCGCCUGAUGCACGCCAUUGCCAACGGCAUCUUUGAGAUCAUUGUGGAUCAGUCACCCUAUGCCAUUGAGGACCUGAUGAAAGAACUGAGUAGCUGCAGUGAGGAGGAAGAUCUGUCUGAAGAUGAUGAGUGGGGAAAUGAAGAGGUGCUUGCAGCCAAAGCAGACAAAAGUUUGUCAAGAAAAUCAGCACAGAGCUCUGAAAAUUCAGAGGAUGUUUGUGAAAACGCUGAUGACAGUAUUGGGCCUGUUCUUCAGUUUGAUUAUAAAGCUGUUGCUGACAAGCUCUUUGAAAUGGCGAGCAAGAAAAAUACACCUGCCUUUAACAGAAAGCGCCUGUACAAGCUGGUCAAAAAGUUCCAGGACUUAGCAGAAGGAAUCUUCCCCCAAGAUAUUCCUGAAGAUGUUUCUACAGACGAAGAUGAUGAUACCUUCAGUAGGGGAAGACGAAAGAGGAAACCUGUCAAUCCUUCAGAGAAAAACAAGUUAGAAAAAGUAAAGGGUUCAGAGAAGGAAGAACAAGAGACUUCAAGUGAAAAGGAGUCAGUUCCCCAGAAGAAGAGGAAAAAAAGGAAGAGGAGGGAUGGUCCAAGUGCUGAUUUUAGCACAGCUGAUGGAAAUCGUGAGGUGGGGAUAACUGAAACAUCUGGAUCUAAUGUCUCCAACCAAGGAAAGAUGCCAGAAAAUAACAAGAAAAGGAAGAAAAAGAAGUUCCUAGUAAAUGAGGCAAAUGAGACCAGAAACAUAGCAACCGAGACCAGAGGUGACCACAGUAUCUCCUUGCAGGAAGGUCCGACUGACCCAGAGCAGAAUAAAAAGAUUCAGCUGAAGAAAAUGAGUGCAAAAGAGCAGAAUGUUCCUGCAAAGCCAAAGGGUCAGAAUGGACCAGCUAGUGCCGGCGAGGCAGAGGACGUGAGCCCGUCUUUCACACCCUUGGCUCCCAAGGUUGUAAAAAAUAAACAGAAAACAGGGACUGUCUUAAUGAACGGUGAUGUCCUGCUGCAGCAGAGUGACGUGAAACCUGACAAGGAGAGGUUGUUGGGGACCCUGCCGAGAGAUGCAGGCACUGAAUCUGCACCUUCCAGGAAGAUCAAAUUGAAGAACAAACUCAAGCUAGGUGGUUUGGAAGGAAGUAAGGUCUCCAGCCAGAAAGCAGUAACCUUGAAAAAGAAGAGGAAAGUAGAAGUGCUAAGCUCUGUUGAAGCCAAUGGAAAUCUUGAGAUUGCAUGCAAGAAAAGCCGGAAGGUGGAAACCAGCCCUGCUCUAUCGCUGAUAAAGAAAAAGAAAGUGAAAACAGGGAGUGACUUCAUGAAAUUUGAGAAAUCGACUUUACCAAAGCCAGCGUUCUUCAGGAAAGCCAAAGGCACCAUCUCCUCCAGCCUGACCUCCCUGCAGUUGAAUGAGCUGCAAUCAUCUGGCUCCAAAAAAGUCACCUUUGGCUUGAAUAAAAACAUGACUGCGGAAUUUAAAAAGACUGACAAAAGUAUCUUAGUGAGCCCUGAAGGACCCUCCCGUGUGGCUUUCAAUCCUGAACAGAAACCCCGUCAUGGGGUCCUGAAGUCGCCCGCAGGCUCCCCAGCAGGAGAGCCUCAAAAGAAGAAACUCUUUGCUCUACCAGCUAAGAAGAGACCUACUGCUAUGGACUUCUUUUAAAUCAACAGAAGUGGCCUACUUUUGUACAGGACAUUUCACUAACCUAGAAUAUUCUUUGGAGGUAUUUUGAAUUUUUUUAUUUUUUUAAGUUAAUAUGAAUUGUAUAUACAAGGUUCUGAUUGUGGCCUGGUACACUGCUAUUUUGACACCACUUCAGCUGUGUCUUGAAAUAC